AUGGAACACCCCUCCUGUCGAGGCGCGACGGCCGCCGAUCCGAGUAUGGAUCGUGACAGCUACCACCUCAACAACCUGAUCAGCAACCGAACAUCCUUCCUCGAUCCCAAUGAUCAAGACCCAACAACAGAUGUCGAGUCUGGUACAUCAACACCUUCACCUAGUAUCCGAAAGCAACAACAUACUUCCAAUACCAUGUGUGAUAUCUACGAUCCCAAUCGGCCGAAGCUCAAGUUACGCCAACGCCUGAAGCAUUUUACCUGGGCCUGGUACACUCUGCCGAUGUCGACGGGAGGCUUGUCACUUCUUCUAUACGCUCAACCGCACCAGUUUAAUGGCCUAAGAGCUAUUGGUCUCGUCAUUUACAUCAUCAACCUUAUAAUAUUCACCUCAGUCAGCGUUACCAUGGCCUCGCGAUUCCUGUUACAUCAAGGAACAUUUGUCAAGUCUUUGACGCACCCCCGAGAGGGCUUCUUUGUGCCGACCUGUCUCUUAUCCAUAGCCACACUCAUCACCAGUACCGACCGUUAUGCUAUAGCGAAAGACAAUGCCAACCUUGUCUGGGCUGUUCAGGCUUCGUUCUGGGGAUACUUGAUCGUCGCUCUUAUUCUAGCCAUAGGCCAAUACAGCUAUGUCUUUGCAGCCCACAGCUUCUCACUCAGCACAAUGAUGCCUACUUGGUUGUUGCCGGUCUUCCCCAUCAUGCUGUCGGGUACUAUCGCAUCUGUCAUUGCAGAAACCCAGCCACAUCUCGAUGCCCUAACCAUCAUUGGUGCAGGACUUACAUGUCAGGGCCUCGGGCUAAGCGUUGCCGUCAUGAUGUACGCACAUAUGGUUGGACGUCUCAUGCAAGCAGGACUUCCCAACAGGGAACACAGACCCGGCCUCUUCAUGUGCGUAGGCCCGCCUGCAUUCACUGCUCUGGCGGUGAUUGGCAUGGCCAAUGGUAUGCCUGACAGCUGGGAUAUUGUGAACGGUGAUGGAGCUGCUACUGUGGCCGUUGUUAAGCUGAUCGCCAUUAUGAGCGCCAUCUUUCUGUGGGCUUUGAGCUUGUGGUGGUUUGGUAUCGCCGCUGUUGCUGUUAUCCAAUCUCCGCCAAAAUAUUUUCAUCUUGGCUUCUACGCCAUGGUUUUCCCCAAUACGGGCUUCACUCUGGCUACUAUCUCCAUCGGCAAGGCCCUUGAGAGCCCAGUCAUAGGCUGGGUAGCAACUGGUAUGACCAUUAUUAUACUAUGUGUUUUUGUAUUUGUGUUUACAUGCCAUAUAAGGGCCAUUAUCGCCCAGGAUAUCAUGUACCCAGGAAGGGAUGAGGAUGUUGAAGAUCAUUGA